AACGCAUUCAAUUUGACCGCUGUGGUGAUUUUUAUUGUUUCUCCAUUCUUUUCUUCUAGUCAGGGCAAAGAAAUUUUUGGAUCGGUUGACUCUUCUUCAACUCCACUAGUCUUGGGGAGGUAAAUCAGAUCUUCGACAACUAAGCGAACCAUUUUAGCUGAAGAUUUGUUGCGCAAGUUCAUUUUCUUGCUGGGGUUAGUAAGAAUUGUUUACAUCUUGCUGUUUUGUUGUUCUUCACUUUGAUCUUUGCAUUUUUCACAGUCCGGGAGAAAGAUUAGCAGAAGGAUGGGUGAUGGGGCUGCGCCUUCUCGGUAUGUGAAAUUGAAGAAAGAUCAAGCGCCUUUGGAAGAUAUCAAACCAGGGGAGCUUAACCAGCCCAUUGAAGUUCCUCAGCUAAAUGUAAGAAAGUGUAACGAGUGUGGACAGCCACUACCUGAAAGCUUUGAGCCUCCAGCGGAUGAACCUUGGACAACUGGGAUUUUUGGCUGUGCUGAAGAUCCACAAAGUUGCUGGACUGGGCUGUUUUGUCCAUGUGUUUUGUUUGGCCGCAAUGUCGAAAGCUUGAGAGACGAUGAUAUGGAUUGGACGAGGCCAUGUGUUUGUCAUGCUAUAUUUGUUGAAGGUGGCAUUGCCUUGGCGACAGCAACUGCAGCGUUCCAUUGCAUUGAUCCAAACACAUCGUUUCUCAUUUGUGAGGGAUUAUUGUUUACCUGGUGGAUGUGUGGCAUUUACACUGGACUCGUCCGCCAAUCUUUGCAGAAGAAGUAUCAUCUUAAGAACUCCCCAUGUGAUCCUUGCAUGACACAUUGCUGCCUGCAUUGGUGUGCUUUAUGCCAAGAACACCGGGAGAUGAAGGGACGUCUAGCCGAUAACUUUGCGGUGCCAAUGACAAUAGUUAACCCCCCACCAGUUCAAGAAAUGAAGUCAGAAAAUGAUGAUGAAGGCACAACAUCGUCUUCGAACAUGGGGAAUGGGCAGACCAAUCUGGAAAUGCAGGCUUUGUAGAUCCCAUCAUAGAUACAAUCACAACCACCACAAGCAUACAUUAGAUAGUUUCAAUGAGACUCGGACCAUCCCCCAAGAGUGUAAUGAACUCAGCACAGUCUUGAAUCAUUCUCUUUUUUUUUUUUUUUUUAAUUUCUUUAAUAUUUGAUUUUUUUUUUUCUUGGGCAUGAAUUAUAUACAAUUUUAUGAUGGAGAUUUGGAAUAUUAUGGGUGGUCAUUGCUCGUCAGACGUCGCUAUCUCUCUACAUUAUGCAAAUAUAAAAAUUUUGGUUGGUGAGUUUA